CAAAUAGCGAUCUGGCACGGUGGUCUGAUGCCGUCUUUCCGGUGAGCCCGUGUUUGUCAAAAUAUAGGGGGAGGGAUCACAUUCAAGGGAUCUCUCAGUCUGAGUCUGUGAAUGAUUCCGGCAAAGAUGAGUCAACAGGGCUCACAGUCGUAUGGCUCAUCCUGCGCGGAGGCAAAGAACAAGCAAUAGUAGGGGAACAAGGAGAAAACGACGGAUUCUGAGGGGAGAAAAGGGACGAGAGGAGACCUGUUGUACAGACCAACCCAUCAAUGGCUCUGCGCACAAAGCAUUGAGGGAAGAUGAGAGGAGAAGAGGGAAGAGGAGAGUCUUUUGCGAUAGUGACCUGUGUGAUCGAUGGCGGGGGUUGAAUCCAGCACUGCAGACGCAGGCCGGGGAGGGGGGGGGGCGAGGCGACGCCGCGACGGUCUGGACGAAUGGCGGAAGGAAGAAUGGUUAGCCUGCCGCCUAGCCUCCCGGAAUGUCGAAUUUCUGCUGCGUCUGAUUGGAAUGGCGCGGGCGCAAAUUCAGCGAAACCGAGCAAAUGGCGUUGCGUCAGGCAGAGGUACCCGCUACCUGAUUCCACUGAGGGGUCACCGCCUGUUUCAUAGCCCAACCAGCCCGAGCGGCAGCUGGACCGCCAACGCCCGCCAUGUACCGUGGACUUCCUUGCCCAACGGCCCCAACGCACGGCCUGUCAACCGUUCGCCGUGACACAAAAGCAAUUAUUAUCCCUCUUCGGUCUCUGAACCACGAAGGGUGCUGGUCUCUAAGGCCGUGAUCCGGUUGCACUGGACUAUCCCAUUCUCCCAGAUCCAAUUUGGCCAGGGAGCCUCGCUUGCGGGUUAACCAGCCAUCCGGCCUCUAGAUAUCCCCAUCUCGACGGACAGAGGCAGCUCUGUUCAACUCCGUUUGUACGGAGUAUGCAGCUACAGAUCACGGAGGACGUACUGCGUACUGUACACCCAUACGCACAUACAUAUGUAGGGCGGAUGUACCCAUAACUCCCUCUGUCUCUGCGUCCUAUCAUUGAGAGACAACGUGGAUAGUGUCGAGUCCACAGUUAGAACAACACAGGUCGAAGUCCCCUGGCAUUGCUGGCGCUCACUUGGUCUGUUUCAAGAGGCCCAGAACAUGCCACUUCCUGCAGCCUUGGUGUCGGAUCACAAGUGGCUACGGAUGAGAAACAGUCGACAAGGGUCUUGACGAUCCAACUUUCGCCUCACAGUAAGAUGUCCAUGCUGGGGCUGGGAAGCUCGUCUAUCAACCAGAACCACCAGGCAGGAUUCCCAUCUCCGUUUUUCGUAUUAACAACUCGCUACACACUUUGUCGACAAAUAAAAUAGUUGACUCGCUUGUGGAUUCCCUCCACAUAUCCCAAUUGCGACCGUCUUAAACCUGAAACAGCGCCAUCCCCAGAGACCAGUCACCAUGCAAAAUCGUCAACGGAGGAGAGCUCUAGGGCACACGAAUUGAACUUCCACCUUACUAUUGAAAUUCCCCCUCUCUCUCUCUUAGUCGAUGUAUGUACUAUGUAGACUACAUGAUUCAGGCGUACUGUAUAUGGAAAUAGAAAAAAGCAAAUCAACCCUUGAAA